AUGACUAGUUGUGAUACACUCGAAUUGAGUCAUAUUCGAUAUAACAUCAACUACAAACAAAUUUCAAGAAUUUGUGAAAAAAUCUUACCUCGAAUUCAACAUCAAAUAGAAAAACUUACUGUUGAACCACAUUCAAUAAAACCUAUUCUUAGUUUCAAUUAUCCUCAACUUUAUUCUUUAUCACUUGUUAAUUUUCCAGAAAAAAUAUUUCUUCAAUAUUUUACAGAUGAUUUAUUUCGUCAUGAUCUUUUUGCUAAAAAAAUCACACAUCUUAAUAUUAAUAUUCUAAACAAGACACCAAAAGAGUACUGGGCAGUUCGAACAUAUUUUUUUACAUCUAUUUUAUCUUUAUGUAAACGAUUGAUCAAUUUAAAUUUUUGUUACUUUUCUGAUCAAGAUUUAACAGUUAGUAUUUAUAAUCUACCACCACCAAGUUUCAAGUCUUCAACUUUAACUAAUUUGAAAAUUAAUGUUGACAUUAUUGAUGAUUGUCUUGAUCUUCUUGAUGGACGUCUAAAUUGUUUAUCAACAUUAAUUAUCAAGAUAACUCAAAUUUCCUCUACAAUAUCGAACACAGAUAAUAUUACAAAACUUCCCAAAUUGAAAUAUUUCUCAUUAAUUUCAUAUAAUUAUACAUCUUAUUAUGAUGAUCUAGUUUGUCCGUUACUUCAUCGAAUGAUAAAUCUUGAAGAAUUGAAAUUAUAUUUAUUCGUAAGAAGAUUUGAUUCGAUUUAUAUUGAUGGUAUUCAAUUAUAUGAUCAAAUUCUUAUUUAUAUGCAAAGAUUAAAUAAAUUUACAUUCAGUAUAAAGACAUUUGUUGUUAAUAAGAAUAUUAGAAUUAAUCUUUCAUCAAAUGAAAAUAUCCAAUGUAGUUUUAUUGGAAAAAAAUAUGGUCAAGUUGGUUCAUAUGUUCAUACAUGGUCAAUGAAGACUAAAGGCGAAUGUCAUAUCUAUUCAAUUCCAUAUGAAUUUGAAUAUUUUCAUGAUCUCAGCAUUUCUUUUUCAGGUGGCAUGUUUCAUAAAGUUCGAAACUUGAUGAUGGUAGAUACGUAUCCGUUUGAACAUAAAUUAUUCAAAAUUAUUUCACAAGAUUUUCCUUUUCUACAAUAUCUAUAUAUAUAUAAUGAUGAAUCAGAAAAAUAUAAGGAAGAUUCGUUUCCAUUGAUAACUUUUCCAAAUCUUACACUUCUGCAUAUACAGUUUGCACAUGUAAAUUAUGUUGAACAAUUUCUUUUGAAGAAAUUUACUCAUCUACCUAAUUUGUUAAAUCUCUAUAUUCGAUACGAGUCACUCGAAAAAAUAACAAAUAAUUUUACCAAUGAUGUAGUACAUCUCAAUUUCGACAAAUUAAAAGAUCUUCAUAUACUUGAAUUAUUUGUUGGUUCAGAAAGUUUUCAUAAAUAUUUUGCUUUCUUGUAA